AUGGCGGCAGCGACGGCGGGUUGCGCGUGCGCGUGCCACGGGGAGUGGUCGGCGGCGGUGGUGGCGCUGCGGCAGCUGGAGGAGUGGCAGAGUCGCGCCGCGCAGUACAUAACCCUGCUGGAGAACGAAAAGGCGGCGGCCGACGCGCAGUUGGCGCAGCUUCAGGAGACGCGCGCCACGGAGGUGCGGGAGGGGAGGAGAGGAAGGGGGAAGGGAAGUUGGGGGAGGGGGGGGGAAGGGGGCGGUGAGGGAGGAGGGGAAGGAGGAGGGGGGGCCCGGGCGUGGGAGGAGCGAGUGAGGGCGGCGGAGGGCGCAGUCCAGCGCGCGGAGGAGGAGAGGCGGAGGGAGGGGGAGAGAAUGGAGGAGGAGAGAAGAAAGGUGGCGGAGAGAGUGGAGGAGGAGAAAAAGCGGGAGGGGGAGAGAGUGAGGGAGCAGGCAGAGAGGCAGGGGCGACUGAGGGAGGUGCAUCUGCAGACGCGGCUCAGUCAGCAGCAGCAGGAGAUAAUUCGCCGGGAUAGAGCAGCCAUGGAGAUCCACGUGUUCUGGCAGGAGGCAGUGAGGGAGCGCAAUGAGGCGGUCAUGGGGACGAAGCAGGCGCACAGGGAGCUGCGGAGCAGAGACCAGGCGGACAAGGAGAAGGUGGAAGUGACCAAGGCGUUGAUGCGGCAGUGUGAGGAGUGCCGCAAGGAGAAGGACAGCGCGUUGCAGGCGCUGGCUGGCGUGCGGAAAGAGAAUGAGGCUCUUGAGGUCAACCUGCAGCGCCAGGGGAAGGUGAUAGAGCGGCUCAUCGACCUGAACUCGGAGCUGGUGGAAGGCCACGAGGUGCUGCAGCAGCGGCAGAGGGAAAUGGUUUCUGAGAUACUCUCAUUGCGGAGGCAUGGUGGGGACGUGGGAGGGGCUGAUAGUGGGGGAGUGGGAGAGGGAGGGGGAGAGAGUGAGGGAGAGGUACAGGGAGAAGGAGACGGAGAGAAGGAAACAGUGAGACAGAAGGAAGGACGCGAGCAGCAAGAGAAGGGGCGGACAGAGGUGUUGGAAGCAGCGCAGGGAAGGGGAGGAGAGGAGCAUGGGGCAAGAGAUGGCCGUGCGAUCAGCAGGAUGCCAGGUGGGAGAGGGAUGGAUGAGAGGGCAGGUGGCGGGGAUGGUGAAGGGAGUGGGGGCGGUGGAGGCGAAGCAGGGGAGGAGGAUGGGGACGACGGGCCCGUUCCAGUGUCAUGCUUCCCCACAGAACAACCCCCCUCGUUACAGUCGCAUGCAGGCGGAUUACUGGGUGACAGCCAGCAAGCAACGCCCUCUUUCUUUGCGUUCUUCUCGAGUAAGCCCGCUGCUGGACCCCCUGGUGCUGCUGCUGCUCCUGCUUCUUCUGCCCCUGCUGCCACUACUGUUGCUGCUGAUACCACUGCUGCACCACCACCCACUGCAGCAGCAGCAGGGCCAUCCAGAACUGGUUCUAGUGCUGGCAGUGCCCCUUCCGGCCCCAUUGAUCCUGCAGCUGCCACUGCCCAUGUUCAUGAUACCAGCAGCAAUGCUGAAACGUCUUGGGACCACCGCCCAAGAGGGGAUUUGGGAGCAAAUUCAGUGCGGCAACAGGACGGUGAUGGUGGUGUGCGGGCAGAGGGAGGGAUGGCAGAAGGGGAGUGUGAUAGAGAGAACACGGGUGGACGGCAGGGUAGAGAUGGGGUGGGCUUCAGAGGUGGUGGGCGGGAAGGAGGAGCAGGGAGAGAGUCAGCGAGGGGCAGCAGUGGUGGGAGCAGCUGCAUUGGCGGUGCACACGCAAUGCAUCAGCAGCAAGACAAGGAGAGGGGAGGGCAGCAGCAGGGAUCCGUGCAAUUGAUUCCAGACCAGCAAGGAAGGGCGACGAGCUCUGCAUCUGCCAGUUCUGGUUCCGGAGGGGAUACAGGCGAUGAUGCCAUACCUGUGGCUUCUCAAGCUCUCUCUGCUUCUGCGCCUGCUGCUACUCCUUCUGGUCCCGUAGAAUAUAGGGAUGAAUUGCUUGCAACGGGGCCUGCAAUUGAAGACGACAACCCUGAAACCAAUCCCAAUUCUGGAAGCUACCCAGUCGCCGAUAGAGAAGCGGGAAGCGACCGCGGAGGGGGAGGUGGAGGUGGAGGCGGAGGCGGAGGCGGAGGCGGUGGAUGGCAAGGGGAAGACGUGGAAUGGCAAGGGGGUCCGAUGUCAGACUUCCAGGGCCUUCCGUCUCGGGUAGAGCCCGAGCCUGCUGACGUGGAAGGCAUGAAUGUGCCAAUGCCGGAUGUGACUCUACGAGACGAGCUCUCCGAGUCGCUGAUGCCGCUCAAAUGGGUGCUGUUUCCGGAAGCCGACCCGGUACAGCAGUUUCGUGAUAAGACGUGGAAGGAGAAGAUUUGGAUAUUCCUAGUGGGAGUGUUUCCGAUUCUGUCAUGGCUGCCGAAAUACGAUCUACGGUUCUACCUGCUCGGCGACAUCAUCGGAGGGCUCUCCAUCGCCAUCAUGUCCGUGCCGCAGGAUGUAUCGUACGCCAAAUACGCCAACGCGCCCAAGGAGUUCGCUCUCUACACGAGUUUCCUGCCACCGUUGAUGUACGCGAUCCUUGGCUCAUCGAAGCACAUGGUGAUCGGGCCGGUGUCGGUGGUGUCGCAGCUGCUGGGCGAGCAGCUGAGCGCGCAGGUGGAUCCCACCACGGACCCCGCCCUCUACAACUCGCUGCUCACCACCACCACCUUCCUCUGCGGCCUCUUCCAACUCGCCAUGGGGCUCCUCAGAAUGGGGUUCCUGGUGGAUCUACUGAGCCAGCCCACCAUCGCGGGGUUCCUGGCGGGGUGCUCGCUCACCAUCGCGCUGCAGCAGCUGAAGCCCAUUCUGGGGUACAGGGACUUCACGCUCAGCACCAGUGUUGUCAACAUCUUCAAGGCUGUUGCCGAGUACUCUGAUGAGUUUCAAUGGCGUGCAUUCGUCCUCGGCUCCUCCUUCUUUAUCGCCCUCACCAUCCUCCGCAUUCUCACGAAGAUGUACCCAAAGAGCAAGACCCUCUUCUAUGCCAACGCGCUGGGUCCCAUCUCCUCUAUAGUCCUCUCCACUAUCAUCGUGGGCUCCUCCGGCAUGUACAACAAGGGUGUAGCCACGGUGGGCAGCAUAACCACAGGGCUGGGGGGCAUGUCAUCGGUGUGGGACAUUGAUCUGCACAACGAGUACACCGAUGAGGUCGCCCUCAUCGCGCUCUACGCUGCCUUGGUCUCGCUCGCUGAAUCGAUUGGCAUAGGGCGCACAUUUGCGGGCAUGUAUGGUUACCACAUUGAUGGUAACAAAGAGCUCAUAGCCUACGGAGCCAUGAACCUCUCAGGCUCCUUCACCUCCUGCUAUGUCGCCACAGGCUCCUUCUCCCGCACGGCAGUGAACAUCCUAGCGGGGGCGCACACGGCGCUGACACAGAUCAUCCUCUCCUUCACCAUGCUUAUCGUGCUGCUUGCUGCUGCUCCCGCCUUCAAAUAUGUGCCCGCUUGUGUGGUGGGAGCAGUCAUCGCCAAUUCUGUGCUUAACCUGCUCGACUUCAAGGCAGCGUUUACGAUCUGGAGGGUAGACAAGCUGGACUUCAUGGUCAUGCUCGGCUGCUUCCUCGGGAUCAUCUUCGGCUCGCCCGAGAUCGGCCUGCUAGUCGCCUCCGUCCUCUCUGUCCUCAAGCUCCUCCUCCGCAUUGUCCGCCCGCACAUCCGCCUGCUCGGGCUGCUCCCGGGCGGCGCCGCUACAGCCGUGAGCGUGCUACAGUUCCCCAACAGCACGCUGUGCGAGGGGAUCGUGAUGCUGAGGAUUGAGAGCCCGCUGUACUUCCCUGCUGCGAAUUUCUGCCGGCAGCGCAUCAAGAAGCUCUGUGAUGCGUAUGCGAGGGGGUACCAGCAACCCGUGCGGCACUGCAUUCUCGAUCUGAGCGUCAUGCACGACAUCGACGUGUCGGGCAUCGACGGGUUGAAGGAGCUCCACCGAGACCUGUCUGAGAAGAGCAUUCAGCUCUGCCUAUCCAGUGCAUCAAGGGAUGUGCUGCGCAAGCUGUGGGAUGCCAACUUUCUGGCAGAGAUGGGCGAGCAGUGGCUCUUCGUCACUCCUGCCGACGCCGUCAAGCUGUGUCGCUCCAUGGCCGUGGCUGCACCGGCUGUGAAGGAGCAGGACGAGCUGCUGGCAUCAGUUCAGGUGUAUGACAUCUAA